AUGCUUUCAAUCUUUUUCAUCUUUGCUCUUUCAGAUGAAGAAGAAACUGAGCCAAAUAUUACGGACUACAGCAUAUCUAUCAUUGGCACAGACAAUAUUAAUAUGACCGAAAUUGAAAAUCUCAGAAUUAAAAUUGCAGGUCACGAUGGCGUUAUUGUUUUUUAUAACAAACAAGGAUUUGACAAAUACUACUACAAUCCAUCAACACAGCAACUAGAAUAUACCGAAGAUUCCAUAUUUUACUUCUCAGAUCCUUCAAAUGAAUAUUUAAUUGUAAAUAAAUCAAUAGAUAACACGCAACCAACUUUGACAAUCGCUUUUUCUACCCCUUUUAAGAUAAAUGGAGACGUAGGAUACGUAAUCACUCAACCAUCGUAUGAAUUUCAAAUGUCAGCCUUUGCGGGAAGGCCCAAAUCAAACCUGACGUUUAAAUAUGAGCAAAGAUAUUCAAUUUUUCAUUCUUCUCCAAUUUUGCGCAAAGCAUUAAUCGAAAUUAAAGGAACUACUGAUGGCAUUGCUACAUAUAACGACAAUAAUAAAUUUGGAAGCCUUUCGCCAGUCGAUAAUACCGUAAUUCAAAUGGAAGAUGAAUAUAAUUAUGGACUUUACUUUAAAAUCGAAAAUUUAACUACAGCACCCUUUAUUCAUUACCGCCCUGAUGGUGUGAGCCCUCCUUCUAAGUUAUUUGUUUAUCCUUCGGCAGAAAUUGAUUUUUCCACAAAUAAGGUGAAAAUUAUCGAUAUUAAAGAUAGAUACAAGUCUGAUACAGUUUGCCUAUGCGUUAGCUCUGGUCCUUGCAACAAUUGUCCUAAAGAAUACCCUGUUAUGACAAAUUCAGAGGCAAAUCUUGCUUUUUCUCAAUAUAUAAACUCAAUUGAAGACUCAGAUAUCACUGCUUAUGUUGAUGGCAACGGAAUGGCCUACUUUAACAUGGUAGGAUACGAAAGCGCGAAUUUAUACUUAAUAGGAGUGAGUGAGAACGCUUAUUUGCAGCUAGACUUCCAGCGAUCAUCACUAGGAUUAUUUAGUUUGAAGAAUGCCAAUAUAGAUAUAUCGUAUUUCCCUGUAAAUUCGACAUUACAUUUAAUUAAUGCGAUUUUCGAGAAUAGUAACAUCAAAACAGGUAUCUCGAUGUUAUCAUUAAACGCAUAUACACUUACAUCAGACCUUACUUCAUUAAAUCAGAUCUCACAGCUCGAAAUACAAAGAUCUUUGACAAUUUCAGGGAAAAACACAAGAAAAGGAACUCCCGUAAUGAACGGUGUAUAUAUGAGAAAUGGAGCCAUGUGUAGUAUUAAUUAUACUGCUCAGAACAUACUUAUUAAAGAUAAUUUAAUUUUACUCGACUACGAUGGCUUAAAUAUAUUCGGAACAUUCUUCAAGAUAUUAGCAAAGUCUUUGUAUGUUAUUGGCGACUUUACUGAAUCUUCUUACGUUAUUAAUUUAGAUAAUGUAAAUCUUACAUCUGUUGGAAUGUUUACGAGGAACACUUUGUUCAUUAUAUCAGGCAAUUGCUAUCUGAACCCCAUUGGACCACUUCCUUUCGUUGUUCCGACUCCAAAUACAAAAAUUAGAAUUAAUACGAAAGAAUUUCUCAAAAAUUCUAUAUCGAAACCUUUCAAAGAAGGUACAAUGUAUAUUCCAACUGAUGAAGUCAUCGAGAGAUUCAAUUUUACUUCUGAUUCUUAUUAUUUUUCGUCAAUUAACAAUAGUUUCAAUAUCCAUGAGAUAUUGGACUUUGUUUUGAUCAAUAAUAAUAUCUAUAAUGCCCUCCAUAUAGAUACUCCAAUUCUAGAUGAUAAUCAAACGCAAAUUCAGUUUAAUUUGCAGCUUGAAAAGGGAUCUACGACUGUUUUCGAGCGCGGAUGGAAGAAAUAUGUUGGGAAGGUGCAGAUAAACAUCAUUCCUAUGGAUAAAGAUGUUUAUUUGUACACAGAUGACGAUUAUUUCCCAACUUCCCUUUACAAUGUUAGUUCUGAGUAUACAAAUGAAAGUUUCUUAGUGCGUGUAUACCCAUAUCCGACGAGAACACCUAAUAUUGUCCCUGCAAUCGCUUGCGGUACAGUUUUCGGAGUAAUUUUCAUUGUUUUGAUCGUUCUGGCCAUUCUAAUGACACCGCUCGGGAACAUGCUUGGCCUGAAAACGUUUGGUCCACUCGGAAAAGACCCGAAGAAGUACGAUUUCGAUGAUGACGACGAUGCGGGAAUGGAAAUUAGCUCUGACGAGUAUUAUAACUAA